AUGAAUGCUAAAAUGCACUUUAGAUUUGUUUUUGCACUCCUGACGGUGUCUUUCAACUGCGAGGUGCUGGGCAAGAAUUUGAAAUACAGGAUUUAUGAGGAGCAGAGGGUUGGAUCAGUGAUUGCAAGACUAUCAGAGGAUGUGGCUGAUGUUUUAGUUAAGCUGCCUAAUCCUUCCACCGUUCGUUUCCGAGCCAUGCAAAGGGGGAAUUCUCCUCUCCUUGUAGUAAAUGAGGAUAACGGAGAAAUCAGCAUAGGGGCUAAAAUCGACCGCGAACAACUGUGCCAGAAAAACUUGAACUGCUCCAUAGAGUUUGAUGUGAUCACUCUACCCACCGAGCAUCUGCAGCUUUUCCAUAUUGAAGUCGAAGUGCUGGAUAUCAAUGACAAUGCUCCCCAGUUCUCAAGAUCUGUCAUACCUAUUGAGAUAUCCGAGAGCGCGGCCGUUGGGACGCGCAUCCCCCUGGACAGUGCAUUUGAUCCAGAUGUUGGGGAAAAUUCCCUCCACACCUACUCUCUCUCUGCCAAUGAUUUUUUUAGUAUUGAGGUUCGCACCAGGACCGAUGGAGCCAAGUAUGCCGAACUCAUAGUGGUCAGAGAGCUGGAUCGCGAGCUGAAGUCAAGCUAUGAGCUUAAGCUCACUGCCUCAGACAUGGGGGUGCCUCAGAGGUCUGGCUCAUCCAUACUAAAAAUAAGCAUUUCCGACUCCAACGACAACAGCCCUGCUUUUGAGCAGCAGUCUUAUGUAAUACAACUCUUAGAAAACUCCCCCGUUGGCACUUUGCUCCUUGACCUGAACGCCACAGAUCCAGAUGAGGGCGCUAAUGGGAAAAUUGUAUAUUCCUUCAGCAGUCAUGUGUCUCCCAAAAUUAUAGAGACUUUUAAAAUUGACUCAGAAAAAGGACAUUUGACUCUUUUCAAGCAAGUGGAUUAUGAAAUCACCAAAUCCUAUGAGAUUGAUGUGCAGGCUCAAGAUUUGGGCCCAAAUUCAAUCCCAGCUCACUGCAAAAUUAUAAUCAAGGUUGUGGAUGUUAAUGACAAUAAACCUGAAAUCAACAUAAACCUCAUGUCCCCUGGAAAAGAAGAAAUAUCUUAUAUUUUUGAGGGGGAUCCCAUUGACACAUUUGUUGCUUUGGUCAGGGUUCAGGACAAGGAUUCUGGGCUGAAUGGAGAAAUAGUUUGUAAGCUUCACGGACAUGGUCACUUUAAACUUCAGAAGACUUAUGAAAACAAUUAUUUAAUCUUGACAAAUGCCACACUGGAUAGAGAAAAGAGAUCUGAGUACAGUUUGACUGUAAUCGCUGAGGACAAGGGGACACCCAGUCUUUCUUCAGUAAAACAUUUUACUGUUCAGAUCAAUGAUAUAAACGACAAUCCACCCCACUUCCAGAGAAGUCGAUAUGAAUUUGCAAUCUCAGAGAAUAACUCGCCAGGGGCAUAUAUCACCACCGUUACGGCCACAGAUCCUGAUCUUGGAGAAAAUGGGCAAGUUACAUAUACCAUUUUGGAGAGUUUUAUCCUGGGCAGUUCCAUAACCACCUAUGUCACCAUUGACCCAUCUAAUGGAGCCAUCUAUGCCCUCAGAAUUUUUGAUCAUGAGGAAGUGAGUCAGAUCACUUUCGUGGUUGAAGCAAGAGACGGAGGAAGUCCAAAGCAACUAGUAAGCAAUACCACAGUUGUGCUCACCAUCAUUGAUGAAAAUGACAACGUCCCUGUGGUUAUAGGGCCUGCUCUGCGCAAUAAUACUGCAGAAAUCUCCAUACCCAAAGGGGCUGAAAGUGGCUUUCAUGUCACAAGAAUAAGGGCAAUUGACAGAGACUCUGGUGUGAAUGCUGAACUCAGCUGCUCCAUAAUAGCAGGCAACGAGGAGAAUAUCUUUUUAAUCGAUCCACGAUCAUGUGACAUCCAUACCAAUGUAAGCAUGGAAUCUGUUUCCUACACCGAGUGGGAGCUCUCAGUCAUCAUCCAGGACAAAGGCAAUCCCCAGCUGCAUACCAAAGUCCUUCUGAAGUGUACGAUCUUUGAAUAUGCAGAGUCAGUGACAAGUACAGCAAUGACCUCAGUCAGCCAGGCAUCUUUGGAUGUCUCCAUGGUUAUAAUUAUUUCCUUAGGAGCCAUUUGUGCAGUGUUGUUGGUUAUCAUGGUGCUGUUUGCAACGAGGUGUAACCGAGAAAAGAAAGACACUAGAUCCUACAACUGCAGGGUAGCAGAAUCCACUUACCAGCACCACCCAAAAAGGCCAUCCAGGCAGAUUCACAAAGGGGACAUCACAUUGGUGCCUACGAUGAAUGGCACUCUGCCCAUCAGAUCUCAUCACAGAUCGUCUCCAUCCUCAUCCCCCACCUUGGAAAGAGGGCAGAUGGGCAGCCGGCAGAGUCACCACAGUCACCAGUCCCUCAACAGUUUGGUGACAAUCUCAUCCAACCACGUGCCAGAGAAUUUCUCACUAGAACUCACCCAUGCCACUCCUGCCGUUGAGCAGGUCUCCCAGCUUCUUUCAAUGCUUCACCAGGGGCAAUAUCAACCAAGGCCAAGUUUUCGAGGAAACAAAUAUUCCAGGAGUUAUAGAUAUGCCCUCCAAGACAUGGACAAAUUUAGCUUGAAAGACAGUGGCCGUGGUGACAGUGAAGCAGGAGACAGUGAUUAUGAUUUGGGGCGAGAUUCACCAAUAGACAGGCUGCUGGGUGAAGGAUUCAGUGACCUGUUCCUUACAGAUGGAAGAAUUCCAGCAGCUAUGAGGCUUUGCACGGAGGAGUGCAGGGUCCUGGGACACUCUGACCAGUGCUGGAUGCCGCCUCUGCCCUCGCCGUCCUCUGACUAUAGGAGUAACAUGUUCAUCCCGGGGGAAGAAUUCCCAGCACAACCCCAGCAGCAGCACCCCCAUCAGAGUCUUGAGGACGACGCCCAGCCUGCAGAUUCUGGUGAGAAGAAGAAGAGUUUCUCCACCUUUGGGAAGGACUCCCCAAACGAGGAGGACUCCGGGGACACCAGCACGUCCUCUCUGCUCUCGGAAAUGAGCAGCGUGUUCCAGCGCCUCCUACCCCCUUCCCUGGACACCUGCUCCGAGUGUCCUGAGGUGGAUCGCUCCAACUCUCUGGAACGGCGGAAGGCGCCUUUGCCAGCCAAGACUGCGGGUUACCCGCAAGGCGUGGCAGCCUGGGCAGCUAGUACACAUUUUCAGAAUCCCGCUAACAACUCGGGGCCCCCACUUGGAACUCACUCCAGUGUGCAGCCUUCUUCCAAGUGGCUGCCGGCCAUGGAGGAGAUCCCCGAGAACUAUGAAGAAGAUGAUUUUGAUAAUGUGCUCAACCAUCUCAACGACGGGAAACACGAACUCAUGGAUGCCAGCGAGCUGGUGGCGGAGAUUAACAAACUGCUUCAAGACGUUCGCCAGAGCUAG